ACGACUCACUUCCGGGCUUUUUGUAGACUUUUGUUGAUGUGUGAUAUUGAUAAUGUUUUAUGUGUGAUCUCUAUUUUGCAUUAGUUGUCGAGCACUGAAAUAAUGGCUGAGGCGGAGGGGGCCGACAGCAAGAUGGAGGAAUCUGGGACGAAGAGUCCAGCAUCAAAGCUGGACACGUUGUCAAGGGAAGAUCUUGUCAAGUUUGUCAAAAAGCAAAUGGUGAUGUUUCAAAAGACAAAGGCCAAAGUAGAAGAUCUGACGAAGAAGCUGCAUUCUGCUGAAGGCAAACUGAGACAGGAGACAGCUGGCACUCAUGAAGAACUCGUCAACGAGGUUCAGAGCUUGAAGGAUCAGCUGGCUGAAUGUGAGACGGAGAGGUCAGAAGCUUUUGCUGCCUACAAUUCAGUACAACAGGCACAGGAACAGUCGGCCAGCACGAUCGAGGAUCUCAAGACACAGCUGACAACUAUGAAAGGGGAGAAGGAGCAGAUUUGUGCCAAAUUUGUGGCUUUUGAGAAAAAAACAAGAGAUUGGUUUGAUCCUCAUGCCAAACAUGAUCUGAUGGAGCAGAUGGAGUGUAUGCAGAUGAAGGACUCGACGUUGACCUCCACCCUGAAGUGUAUGCAGGAAGAGCAGACGAAGUUUGCAAAUGACAAUAAGGACCUUGCAGGACAGGUAGCCCGACUGACCGAGGAGCGUGAUGACCUAGUACGUCAGAUCGAAAACCUGAGUAGUGCUGACCAGCAGAGACAACAGCAGGGAGAGAAGAAUGACAUGGAGAAGCUGAUCCAGCUGAACGAGCUGAGGGAGGAACUCUCUACCCUACAGAAGGCAAAUGAAAAGUUUGAGGAGGAGAGGCAGUUCUGGGAGAAGGAAAAGGCGGAGUUGAUGCAGAACCUCACACAGCAGGAGGCAGAGCAGACGGGGAAGUCGGAGCUGACACAGAAGCUGCAGCAGCAACUGGAAGCAGCUGAGGGGGAUCUGGAGCAACUCAGGAGGGAUGUUGCUGGGAAAGAUGAAGAGAUCGCAGCCAUUCAUAAAUCUCUUGAAGCCAAGGAUGCUGAAAUUGAACAAAUAAAGGUGGAGUUUCAGAAAUGUGAGGAUGUCAGCGACAAAACUAAAGGUGCUGAGCAGGAGAAGGAUGCAAGGAUUGAUGAACUCAGUCAACAGAUUGACUCUCAAAAGUCUGAAAUUGAAGGCUAUAGAAACAGGCUAGAAGCAGCUGAAGGUGAAGUGGCGAGUCUGUCUGAGAAACUGAAAGAAAGUAAUUCCAUGUUUGAGGAUUUGGAAACUGAAAAAGUGAAAUUGAAUGAAGAAGCUCAGAGGUUGAAUUCUAGGAUAACAGAAUUGGAAGAGGGAGGUAAAGAAUAUGAACUGACUGUUGAGAAAUUAAGAAAAAGAUGUAAUGAGUUGGAGGGAAGUGUUGCAUCCAGUUCAGAAGAUGCCCAGAACGUUGUUGAUGAGAAAGUUGUCCGCUUGGAGAAGGUUCAGGCUCUGUUAGAGCAGAAGGAGAAACUGUGUGCGGAACUGGCUCAAGCUAAUGAAAUCAAGGACACGCUGAACUUCGAGGUGCAAGAGUUGAGGGCUGAGGUGGAGUCCGGGAACUCUGAUCCAGACUCCCAGAAGGGUCAGAUUCAGGAGUGGGAGAGUCUGAUGGAGAUGUUGAAGAACGAUAAAGAUCAGGCACUUCAGGAACUGGAAGAUUCCGAGAAAAGGGAGGAACUGUGUCGUAAGGAGUUGGAGUUCCUGAUGACAUCUCUGCAUGAGGCUUUGACGGAGCGGGACACACUUCAAGACGAGGUGUUCAAGAUGGCAGAGAAUCCUUUGAUGGAUGAGAUUAAGGAGAUGAAGGUGAUGAUAGAGGACAUCAUCAACGAACGUAACAACCUUCAGAAGAAAUGGGAUGAAGCCAAAGCAACCAAGAAAGAAUAUGAUGCUGCUAUGGAAACUUUGAAGAAACAGAUAGAAGAAGAAAAGCAGGAGAAAGAAAACAUUGAAAGAGAGAAAGAAUCAGGAGCUGUAGUCAUGGAACUGUCACAAGAGAGAGAGAGACAGCUGAGGGAAGAAUUAACAGAGAAGGACACUUUGGUAGUAGAAUAUGAAGAGAAGCUGAAUCAAGAGAUUGCCAAGGCAACAGGGGCUGAAUCAAGAGUCAGAGAACUGGAAGAGGAAGUAGCUGGGUUGAGCACAGGUGCAGCUGAAAAGGAGGAGCAGAUAAAAGAGAGACAAAAUUAUGCAGUAGAGUUAGAAGGUCAGAUUCUGGACAUGUCCAACUCUUUAUCUGACAGUAAGACCAGGUAUGGAGUACUGAAGGAACAGUUUGACAAGCUGACUGAGAACAGUUCUGACAUCGCUACUUACUGUGAACAGAUUGAAGAGCUGGGUUCUCAGAGAGAUGAGGUAGCCCGUCAACGGGACAUGCUUCAGACACAACUUGAACAGCUGAAGACAGAGAAGAUGGACCUUGAAGGAAAGGUUGACACUCUUGGACAUGAUCUUCAGGCUGUUGUUGAAGAGAAAAUGAAAGCUGUUGAAGAACUUGAACAUGUCAAAGAGGAACUGGGUAAGGUGACUGAACAAAAUGAUGAAAGUCAAAGAGAAAAGGAGGCAAUGAAAUCGACAUGUGAAGAACUGAAAACUAAGGUUUCUGAUUUGGAAAAUGAGAAGGUUGAUUUGGAGCGUAAAUUGGAGGGAAAGGAUUCUGAGAUGAAAUGUCUGCAAGAGAGGUGUGAUGACCUGGUACAAGUUCAGGAAGGCAAAGAGACAGAAAUUGAAACAAUGAAGACUGAGGCGAGUGAGAGACAACAGGCGACCUCUGAGGCUGAUGUUGCACAGGUGGAGGAAAUGGAGUUGCUCAAGGCGGAGAAGUCCGACCUGCAGGUUCAGUUUCUGAUGACUCAGGAGAAACUGGCUGAGACAGAGAAAGAGAUUGCAUCAUUGCAGAGUGAAAUUCAAGCAUUGAAACAAGCUGGUGGAGCGGCUUCAGUGGAAAGGGAAAAGGUUGAUGCAAGGGUUAAGGAACUUGAGGAGCAAGGUGUCUUACUUCAGGAGAAACUGUCUGAGUCAGCUAAAGAAGUCACAGGUUUGCAGGGUGAGUUGGAGACGCUGAGAGCAGAAGUAUCAGAUCAGAAAUACACUGAUGGUGAGAGGGUGAAGGAACUUCAGGACAAGUUGGUGGAACUUCAAGAAGAGAAGGAAGCUGUGAGUAAUACAAGUUCCAGAGAUCAGGAAGAAAUACAAGCUCGGGUUAAUGAACUUGAUGAAAGAUUGUCUCAGGUGCAGGAAGAAAAGGAGACAUUGAACAAUAAAUGUGAACAGCUGGAGGUUUCUCAGAAGCAAAAGAACUCUGAACUUGAGACUUUGAGAAGUGAUCUAAGUGUCAAGAGUGAUCGGGUUGUAGAGUUGGAGAGGAUGUUGGAUGAAAAUGUGAAACUUGUUUCUGAGUUGAAGGACCAGAUGUCAGGGGAACAAUCAGCAGAAGCUGAGACUAAAGCUGAGUUUGCUUCAUUGAAUCAAAGGUUGGAAAAUAUGACAGUUGAAUUGGAUGAUUUGAGAAAGGCAAAUUCAAAUUUGAGUGAAAAUCUUAAACAAGUGUGUGAUGAAAAGGAAAGCUUGUUGUCGGAAUUGUCUACCCUUCAGUGUGAUUUGGAAAAUGUUAAAGAUCAGAAAGAAUCCUUGAAUAUUUCCUUGAAAGAAAGAGCAGAAAUAGUGACAGCAGCGGAACAGAACAGUGCUGACCUGAAUGAGUGUUUGAGUGAAAAAGUUUCAUCAAUGGAGGUUUUGGAACAGGAAUUAGCUUCAUUGAAGGCAUCACAUGAGUUGGUUUUAUCUGACAAAAACAGACUUGACUCUGACCUUGAAAAUUUUAAAACUCAAAAAGAAAACCUUGAAACUGAAUUACAUUCAGUGAGGUCAGAGUUUGUGACUUUGAAAGAAGAAAAGAAUGUGCUUAAUAGUGACCUUUCUUCUAAACUUGAACUGAUGGUAGAACUAGAAUCUAAGUGUGAAAAGCUUGAAAAAGAGAUAGCUGAGAAAGACAGAGCAUUUGAAGCAGUAACCUCUGAUUCACAAGCUAAAUCAUCAGAGGAGAUUAUGAGACUACAGAGAGAAAAGGAGUCGGUUGAGACUUCUUUGAUGGAGACAGGUGAUAAGCUGUCGGAUGUCCAGAAGUCCCUUGUGUUGAAGGAGGAGGAGGUGUCUACCGGCAAGUCUGUGGUGGAGGAACUGUCCCGGAAGUUGGAGGAGGUUCAGGGGCAGGCUGACGACCAGUUGCGGAACAUGAAGGAGAGAGUCACUGAACUUGAAAGCAAUCUUCAAGAAUUAAAGGAAAGGAACUCCAGCCUACAGGUUCAGGUUCAAGAAACUACAGUCAAGGAAACUGCAGCUUUGCAACAGAGCAGUAGUUCGGGUGACGAGGUCGGGCGACUGCAGGCCGAGGUGAAGACUAAGGAGGAGAUGUGCAGCAAGCUGAAGCAGCUCGCCAUCAAGUCCAAGAAGGAGGCCAGUGAUGCCAAGUCCAAGCUUGAUAAUGUAACAAAGCAGCUUGAGUUAACAAAGAAGUCCUUGGCAGAAACAGAAGAGAAGUUGCAGAAUGUCCAGACUGAGAGCACUAGCUCCUCCGAGCACGUCCUGGCCGAGUCCAAGCAGGUUCAGGACAACUAUAAGAGCCUUCAGGCAGACUUUGACCGUCUCCAGGACCAGCUUGACCAGGAGAAACAGCGGUCAACCCAGGCCAAGACAGACCUCCAACAGGCCGUGGAGCAACUGACCACUCUCAAGCAGGAGCUGGCCGACACCAAGGAGGAGAAGGACAGACUCAACAGACAUAUCGAGUCGGCAUCCACAGAUGUCAAGACUCGUGAGGCUGGUCUUGAGGAGCAGAAGGCCAAGAUGAAGGCCAUGGAGAGUGAGACGUCUGCUUUGCGAAUACAGCUGGAAGAGGUUGUCAAGGACAAACAGAAGGCCGACGAGGACCACCAGGAGAAGGAGAAGCAGCUGAAGGCAGACAUAGAACAGCAGAAGAAGAUGGUGGGGAAGAAGGAGGAAGAAAUCAAGAGACUGCAGGAGCAGCUCGGCACAGCUAAACAGGAAGCCAGCCAGAGCAACAUGAUGGACCUUGAGAUGGCAGACUACGAGCGGACGAUCCGCACUCUCAACGACCAGCUGAAGGAGAAAGACUCCUCCAUGGAGAAGAUGAAGUCAGAGGUGGAACAGAUGGAACAGAAUUCAGCCCGACUCAAGGAACAGAUGGAGAAGGUGGAGGAACUACGUCUCCAGGCCGAGGAUCGAGGCAAUAAACUGAAGCAGCUCCUCGUCAAGACAAAGAAGGAUCUGGCUGAUGCCAAGAAAGUAGAGUCGGAGCAGAGGACGUCCUCAGCUCAACUACAGGGUCAGAUGGAGCACCUCAACCAGCAGACAGAGGAGUACAAGGUGAGACAGGGGACAGGGAGAUGGACCGAGGGAGGGAUUGAGGGAAGCAGAGAGGCCCCACAUAGUGUGCACCAAACUGUUCGAGCACACAGUGUCCUGCGACAACAGAAGACGAAGUCUCCACAAGAUUCAGCCAAAGAAGUUGAGAAGCAGGAAAAAGAGAGGCUUGAGGCCGCUGUAGAACAACUGAAGUUCAAACUGCAGCAGGUCAGCGAGAGCCUGAGUACGUCCCAGGCAGAUCUGGAGGUCCUACAGGAUGAACAUGAGCGUCUUCAGCAACGACAUGACAGCCUGCUACAGGACAUGGACACCAAGGAUGCCAACUACCGCAAGAGGCUGGAGGAGGUGUCGGCAGAGAAGACCAGCAGUGCUGUGGAGCAGCAGGAACUCAUCUCACAGCUCACCUCACAGAACGAGUCACUUGCUGUCUCACUCAAGGAGCAGAUCCGUGCAAUGCAGGAUGACCACAACAAGGCCCAGGAGUUCCUGCAGAAGCAGCUCGACCUGGCAGAGACUGAGAACCUCCGCCUCCAGAGGGAGCUGCAACAACAGCUACAAAGGUCACUGAGGGUCAAGGACAGCAGCGAGACACGAGAUUCGCCCCAAGAGUUUGUGGCAGAUUAUAUGCAUCCUGAAGAGCGACAGGAAGGGGAGGGAUCUGAGAUCAAUGAUCCUGAGCCAUGUGCCAAGACGACUGUGAGUUCUGCAGGCUCCGUCUCCUUUGAGCAGCUGCUAAAGAAUCCCCUGGAAGAAGGACAAAUGAUGAAGGUAGAGCCAGGUGUUGAUGAAGAAAUGCUGAAGACCAGUCUUGUCACAGCCCAGAAGAGGAUCGAGCACCUCACGGAGCUGCUGAAUGACAGCGAGGAGACCGUGAACCUCUACACAGAGCAGGUGAAGAUUCUCAAGGAGGAGAUCCGCAGACUGGAGCGGAAUGAGGAGCGUGAGACUGAGACACGCAAUCUGGAGUACCUCAAGAACAUCCUGAUGAAGUUCCUGUCGCUGAAGGUGGGGGAUGAGAGACAGCAGCUGGUGCCGGUCCUCACGACCAUGUUGAAACUCAGCAAGGAGGAGAUGGACAAACUCAACGCCAUUGCUCAGGGUGAGGAGGUAGCUGUGGCAGGCCAAGCAAGCAGCAGGAUGGGGUCUUGAAGAAGGAAUAGUAUCUACAUGGCUGGUCUGGGCUGAAUGUUGAAACACAUUUGUAGUCACAUGACAGGCCAUGUGACUGUCACAUGACUUGAAGAAGGAAUAGUAUUUAUUUCAGUGGCCAGGAACUGUCACACUAAACUAGGAUUGUCGGUAUCAGGGUCCUCUUGUCACAUGACUGAAUGUUGAAACACAUCUACGUUCUUGGAGUGUCACAUGACAGACCAUGUGACUGUCACAUGUUAUCAAACAACAUGGCUGACUGUAUUCAAUACCAACAUGGAAUUUUCACUUGUGCAUUGCGCAUUAUAAACAGUUGUACAUAUCAGGAAUCUGACAAGGUUGUCAUUCAAGAAAGCAUGUUUCUAAGUGUCUUUGAACAACAUUAAGAAGUGAGACACAUAAAGUCAAGAAUUUAUGGAUGUCUGUGGGUUAUUCUGCCCGUCAGAUGAAGACGUUGACAUCAGUACAUUCAUGCCUUUAUAUAGCUUAGUGUUGAGUUUGUUUGGCCUUUAAACUAUACAUAUGAUGUGUGCAUACACUGUAUGAGCUUGUGUUUGAGAGAAAGUGACCAUUCGAGUUGACUGGAUCUUGAGUGUGUGUGUGAAUUUAUGUUCAGAAAUUGCAUGUGUAGUAUAUCAGGGUUUCCCAUGCAUUCUUACAGUAGAAGAUAGGGGAUGUGUUCUAUUGGUUGAAUAUUCUUACAGUAGAAGAUAGGGGAUGUUUUCUAUUGGUUGAAUAUUCUUACAGUAGAAGAUAGGGGAUGUUUUCUAUUGGUUGAAUAUUCUUACAGUAGAAGAUAGGGGAUGUUUUCUAUUGGUUGAAUAUUCUUACAGUAGAAGAUAGGGGAUGUUUUCUAUUGGUUGAAUAUUCUUACAGUAGAAGAUAGGGGAUGUUUUCUAUUGGUUGAAUAUUCUUACAGUAGAAGAUAGGGGAUGUUUUCUAUUGGUUGAAUAUUCUUUCAGGGGGUGCAUGUGAUAUUUUAAGGAGAUAUCACAUGAUAUUUUUGAGGGGAUAUCACAUAAUAUGAGGGGAUAUCGUGUGAUAUUUUAAGGUCAUGUCACAUGAUAUUUUGAGGGAUAUCAUGAUAUUUUGAGGGGAUAUCACCCGAUAUUUUGAGGGAUAUUACAUGAUUUUCUGAGGGAUAUCACCCGGUAUUUUGAGGGGAUAUCACCUAUUUUGAGGAGGAGGAAAGGCUUCCUUGAAUCCCUACAUUCCACAAUUUGCAAUCACCUUAGUCCCAACACAAACGGUAUUACCAAUGGAUCAUGUUCAAAUCUGAUGGUGGUCUUUACUGACUAGCACCAUUUGUGGGCUGUAAUUCUAAACCAGCUCUCAGUGCUCCAGUUUUACUACUAUUUGAAACUGAAUAAAAAUGACACUAAUUUCAAACAUACUAAAUAUUUUUGUCUCAUUCUCAUGACUAAUUCAGGACAAGUAAGGCUUACACUGAAAGACACACCUUUCUUUAUUAUGUCUCUAUUUUUGCAUUAUAGAUGAAAAUUUGACAUCAUGGAUGAGAUUAUACAAGGUAGGGAGGGAUGUGUGGUAGGAGGGAUGCUAUUCUUAUGGCCAUUAAUGAGUAUUUUAUUUGAAAUAUAUGCAAAGAACAGGCAGUCACCAUAACCCACAGACUUCAGAACUUCCAAUAUAAUGAAAUACCAGGCUACGAUUUGGAACCGGAAAAGAUGCAACACUUGAAGAUCCGUGUUAGAAUUGGUCUUCUACGACCCAUGCUUGUCGUAAGAGGUGACCAACAGGAUCGGGUGGUCAGCCUGCUGACUUGGUUGAUACAUGUCAUUGUAUACCAAUUUCAUAGAUCAAUGCUCGUGCUGUUGAUCACAGGAUUGUCUGGUUCAGACUCGAUUAUUUACAGACUGCCGCUAUAUGGCUGAAAUAUUGCUGAGUGUGGCGUUUAACAACAAACAAGGAAACAAACACAGAAGAUGUCCUCAGGUCCUGGUUUGAUAAACUACAGCUUAUUGUUAGAAAUAUCUCCCACUUAUGUAAACUAACAGAUGACAAGGACCCAUACAAGUCUGAAACUACAAGUCCAAUACAUGAUCCAUCAGCCUAGGGGCAUGUGCUUGUUUUGAACACUAUAGUCUUUCAUUGUAGACCCAGAUACUUGCACCGAUUUGUUUUUUGAUAAAUUCUAUGUAGAUGUAUAUAUGUAUGUGUUGUAUAUUUUAUCACCAUGUAGAAACAUUACUCUGGGGUUAAAUGUCUUCAUGUGAUUCGAGGUUGACCGUCCGAUAUUGUUGAUGUGUUUAAUUUCUGUGUAGAUAGAUGUCUGUCUGUCCAUGUGAGGGAGAGAUUAGGACUUGUGUGGGAGGGGUACUGAAUGAGGGGAGAUUGUUGGUGUAGUAUGCUCACUACUGAAGGGUUAGGGAUGGUUGGGUAGCCAGCGGUUAUAGUGUUUACUUGUCUCAAUGAAGACCUGGGUUUGAUUCCCCAUUUGGACAAAUACAUGAAGCAGAUUUCUGGUGUCACUUGCCAUGAUAUUGCUGGAAUGUUGUUAAAAGAUUUAAAACAGCUCAUCUACAGUAAAAGGGUUACUAUGGAUAUUGCCAUGUGUAACACAUGUAUCACCAUGGUGUUGGGAGGAUAACUAUCACCUCAGUGUCUGGAGGAUAUAUAUCAUGGCAGUGUCAGAGGACAUGAAUCUUGGCAGUGUCAGAGGACGUGUUUCAUGGGGAUGGCCGUUUCAUUUGGAAGGCUGUGUGUCACUGCAGUGUCAGAAGGCAUUUCACCUGUGUCAGGAUGAAAUGUUUCACCACAGUGUCAAGGAGCCUUGAAGGGUAAUUUAUACUGUGUGUGAUCUGUGAUGUAUAGAUUGAACAGUGGUCCAUGAAAUCAGUUGCAAUUUAUUUUGUGAAUAGUUUAAUUCAUUGUCUUAGUUUCAGAGAGCAAUUAUGCAUAUCUUUAACCAAACAUUCUUGUGUGUGGCUCUAUACAUAUAUGUCUGUGUGGACGGACUCAAAAACAACCAUAUUAUGUAAAUAAUGUUCAUCAUAAUCAUGCCAGUGAUGAAGAUAAUCGUCAACUAUGUGGCCUUUGUGUAACAAUACAUAUACUGAGGGAAACAAAUAAGGUAACACCACUUCAUAGGAGUGAUCCUUUAUUUAUUCUCAGAUGUCCUCCCACAGCGCUAUUCAAAGCUGGUGCUGAAAACUGGAAAAUAUUAUAGGAACGCUUGAAUUUUCCUGUGUUCGUUUAUUUGUUUCUCUCAGUAUAUAUUAACCAUGUAUGUGAUUUUAUGUUAUCUGUUGUAGCAUUCAAAUUCUUUAUUUUGUUAUUUUAAUCUUUAAAACUACCGCACCAUUUGAUAAUCAAGGAAGUGGUCUGGCUUUCACCCACUUUCAGGUUACACCUCAUGAUACGACUAGACUACAGUUCAAAUAGCCUCAAACCCAGCUCAGUCAGGAAGUGUUGACUGGGAAUUGACUUGGAGAGACAGAAUAUUGAUUUAGUCAGCACUUACAAACACAACAAUACAUGCGCA